AUGCACAGUCCUGUGUCACCCGAGGACUCGAUCAUUCGUCGGCUGGCCGACAGGCGACCCGCGGUCAGCCCCCGCAGCCUGUACCGAGGCGGGGAGAACGACUACCUCAUCCUGGUCGGGUUCAUGGCCACUCUGGUGGCCGUGUUCAUCAUAUUCUUCCACUACGACUUCGCCAGCACGCGACUCGUCCGGCCGUCCAGCAUCGUCUUCUCAACCACCCAGAACCACAAAGAGGGAUACGUGAUCACGUGGCCGGCCCGACGAGGAGUGGAGCAGGAACCGAGACACUAUUCCGGAGUCUCGCCCGAGCGUGGCGCUCUUGACGACGUUCAUGCCGAGUCGUCGCCGAAGGACCACGCUAAGCGCCACGGUAGCCUACGUGUUCACGCCACGGCCUUGCCAAGGAUCCAACCGUCCACAUUUUCCGCUCCGGAUGUGCUAUACUGCGACAGCGCUGGCAGCGACGCGUUACAAAACCAGCUCGCAACGUGGAUCGACGCCAGCGUGGACCCUUGCGACGACUUCUACGCGCACACGUGCGGACGCUGGGUGGCCAACCACUCGGUGAAGUCCGCCGCCGUCAUCGGAGACGACACGGUGUCAUCGCAGGCCCGUGUGUCCCCGAGGCUUCUGAGACUGCGCGAGAUGGAGACGCGGCUGCUCGCCGAGCUCAAGAGAGGCACGGACGACGGCUCCCUGCGCUGGCCCGCCAGGCUGUGGGAGGCGUGUCGUAGUCCCGAGGCUGAGCCUAACUCGAAAGAGAUAUUCAACAAAAUUUUAGCCGAGCAUGGCUUACUGGGCUUUCCCUUCAAUAGCCAUUCCGACGCCUCAGCGUCGGAAAUCAAGGGCAGUGACCUGUCGACGGUGGCAGCCAAGGUCCUCGCUCUAUCGGCCAUUCCUGCUAUCGUCGAUGUACGAGUCGUCAAGUGGCCUGUCACGAAGAACUCCAAGAACCCCUCAACUGACGGAUUCGUGUCCCGGAGUGGCGGCCGAGCUCACUGGCUGGCCCGGAUCGAGCCGCCCGAACCGCUGUUCCUGGACUUCGCUCGCAUGAGCCAGGCGAACGAUGAGUGGUACCUGACGGCAGUCGACGCGGUCGCCGGACACCGGGACCAGCACGGACUGUUCCGCGUCGAGCAAGCACUCGUGGAACUCGCCGCGCGCAGGCGGGGAGUCCACGAUUACGCGCUGACCAGCGUCGGCAGCCUGGCGCACGGUGCCGGCUGGAACUGGACCCAGUUUCUGACGGUCGUCUUCCGAGGCGUGGCCACAUUCGGCCGGCGCACACCCGUCCUCAUCAAGGGUGCCGCCUUCGAACGACAGCUCGCCGCCCUGAUUACGCAGCUGGGCUCCGCGCAUCUGCGCAACUACCUGGCAUUCCGCAUGUACGUGCGCUACGCUCCGUUCCUGGAGCGCAGGACGGGUCGCUUCGGCCGCCUGGCGCAGCUGUCGGCGGCGCGUCAGCCCGGCUGGCAGGACGGAGACCCGGCGGUCGACGCCACCGAUUUGCGCUGUCUGAGACUGGUGACGCGCGCGGUUCCCGAGCUCAUGGCGUUCGUCUACUGGAACGGGGUCAGGCUGGGAAAUCGUAAGCGGAAGGGAAAGCAGGGCCGGAAGCGGCGAGAGAGGUUGCGACGCCAUUUCCGGGACAUGACGCGCCGCUUGGUGGACUGGAUCGUCAGCGCGUCGGCGCGUGAGGUGGCACUGUUCAAUGGAACGUCACGCAAGCUAUCCCGCCGAUUCCUACGGGCCACGGGCUCGCUGCGGCGGCAGCUUUUCCUGCCGGAUUGGUUGGACAAGCCCCGGAUGCGCAUGCGCUUUGCCGAGCUGGUCUUCGCCGACGCCGAGGAGUCUCCGCUGGCCACGUGGAGGGCGCUGCUAGCCGCACGCAAGAGGAACGAUCUGCUCAAGAUCGCAGACAGAGGAUUCGAGACAUUCUGGGAGGGACCAGCACUGAGAGACACACCAUGGCUGGAUGUGGACGAAGAGUACCUCGCUGUGCCGCCCGGUGCCGUUGACACGACGUUCGACGGGCCUUCCUUCUUCGUACACCACUCGCCGAGGUUGGGCGUCGACUUGGCUCGGCUCUUGACGGCCCGCCUCGACCAGAUGACCUCGUCGGAGAUCAAAUCCCGCCGUUCCUCCUCUUCGCUGCGCCUGCGCAUUGACCUCCUGGACGACUGCCUGAGGCGGCAGCAGCACCAGUACGGCACCAGCACUUCUAGCGACGCGGCCUCCCGGGAGGACGUAAUCGACCUACUCGCCCUGCAGGUGGCGCUAAGAGUAUUCCGGCAGCAAGCAGCAAGAGGCAACAAGCGGUUUCAGCUGCGCGGCAGCAAGGGGGCCAACGCGACUUACGCCACGGACAAACUGUUCUUCUACGAAUUCGCGCUGGACCGUUGCGAGGCCUACGACGAGGACUACCUUCAGCAGCGGGUCCAGUCGGGCCUCCGCUCUCCGGCGCCCACACUCGUCAACGGAGCGCUCAGAAACUUCCCUCCCUUCGCGCGGGCCUUCAACUGUUCCCACGAUUCGCGUAUGAGACCCAAACGUGUCUGCAAGCUUUAA